GUGAUGCGAGAGGGUUUCUGUCGCAGCAAAUCAAUGCGCAGUUGUGCGAGUAGAGGCCAGCAGGCAACUAUUGUCCGACAGCUAUUAAUAGCGCUAGGCAUCGACGUAUAAAGACUCGACGUGGUUCUUCCAGAUAUCGUGUGCUUCCUCGUUAUUCAAUGAUGUUUCCGGGGAUCUUUGUGGUUCUCCUUCUAUUGGGCUUCGCUUCGGCAACAGUCCAUCAUCUUUUUGUUGGAACUUUCUCGACCUAUGCAAUUUAUGCCUUGGAGUUCGACGACGAGUCCUACUCGCUGACUCUGGCUGCGAACAUCACAACACCCAGUGAACAUCCGUGGAUAAAUUUGAGUCAUGAUCGGAAGAGUCUUUACGCAGCAAGCGGCACCGAGUACGGUUACUUCAAUGUAGUGAACAGCACCAGCAUCACGUACAAUGCAUCCGUUCCCCUUGACAGCAACUGUUCAUCCACUCGAGCCAUAUACAUCACCUCUUCCAAGGUCGAGCCCUACACUGUAUAUGGAGUACCCUUUGGUGACUGCGGAACCGUUAUACCGGCCGACUUCUCUUCCAUUACCCAAAACUACACCUUCACAUUAGGUUCAUCUGGCGUUCACGGUCUUGCUCUCCUCCCCAAUAGCACUUAUCUCUACGCCGCGGACGACAGUGACAACAAGAUCUGGACAUUCGGCGUCGACGUCGCAACCGGAGAACUGACGGAUGUUGCAACGUUAGCUGCGCCUUCCGAAGGAAACAACCCCAGACACUUGACGGUCCAUCCCAAUGGCGAAUACCUAUAUGUCAUCUUAGAGGAAGCGAACGAGGUUGCGCAAUACAGCAUCGACUGGCAAACCCAUCAACCAGUUUACUCUAAUGUAUCAUAUUCUCUUCUUCCACCUGGCUCCAACGUGAGCACGCACUGGGCUGACGAAGUCCAAGUGUCUGCCAAUGAGACUUACCUCUGGGCGACCACCCGGUCACGCGAAACCAACGACACCGGAUAUCUUUCCGUGUUUAGCCUCAAUGAAAACGGUACUAUCUCUGAACAACUCUUCAUUACCCCCACCACGACCUCAGGGGGCUCCGCCAAUGCUAUAAGUCCCGCAACCUUCGCAGACGAGUUCGCCGCCAUCACAGACACGUCUGUUGGAUUCGUCGAGAUUUGGCAACUAUUGGACGACGCGUCAAAUGCCACGGUGGUGGCUCACAUUGACUUGAUCGACGGAGGGUGCUGCGCAAAUGCAGUGUGGUAUGAUUAAAAGGUCAUAAUCGUUUGGCUUACAUAGACUUGGCGGCGGGCACCGCGAUUAGUGUCUUUGCUUAAGUGUCUCAGAGCGGGAUUGACGACACCACAGCCAACUCCAUUAUGUAUGGAUGAAACGUACCGAUCUUCCAGAAACAAUUCAAUUCUCACGUCAGAGACUCCAUACGUAUCCAGUGUGAAUCAUGAACACGUUGGGGCAAUCACGCUCGCGGGUAAC